AUGAACAUAAUGAUCGAUUUCGCAUACGAACCACUGGACGUUCUGCUGCAGGCCAUCGAAAACGGAUGUCAGUCUUUCGUUCUAACGCCAUCGACGGCCCUCGACUUCAUGGAUCAAUUCCGGUACGUCCACGAUCGCGCCAUCGCACGCUACCCGCAAAAACGGGUAUUUAUCGUCGGGGACGCCGACGAUAACGAGUUCGAGGUCGGGACCAUCCUAAACCACAGUGCAAUCGACGAUAUGUUGGACCUGCUUUUGAUACGGCCCAACGGCGCCGGCCACGUUGACCUUCUGACAAACUUCCUCGCCGAAAGUGCGAGCGAACUGACGCUGCUGGACAGCCGCAACCUAGGCUCGGGACCGGACACAGAGCCGCUAUCGGUUGAUCGGAUCGAUUUGUUCCCGAACAAACGGCGUGACCUUCGAGGACGCGACAUGCGAUUGGCCAUUUUCAACUAUCAACCGUACACGGUCUGGCGCAUGUUGGCUGAGGGCGCCGAAUCAUCCGAGCAGCAGCAGCAACAGGCCAACGCCUACCUCGAUCACCGGCGGGUGAUGUCAAUCGAUGGAACCGAGGCACGGCUGAUGAUAGAGUUUUGCGUCAAAUUCAACUGCAAGCUGGAAGUGUCAGUAGACGACGAUGGCGAGUGGGGCCAGACUUUUCCGAAUCGCACCGGAUUCGGCGUGCUCGGCGCGGUAGUGGAACGGCGGGCGGAUAUCGGCGUUGGGGCUCUCUAUUCGUGGUUCUUGGAAUUUGAAUUUCUGGCACUCUCGAAACCGAUCUCGCGGACCGGCGUGACGUGCGUGAUGCCCAAGCCUUUGCAACUGUCCUCGUGGAUGACACCGAUCCUGCCGUUUUCGCCCGUACUCUGGGGCGCCGUCAUUGCGACGUUCUUCGUGGCGACGAUCUUCGAAAUACUGAUCAACGCCGCAGCGCACCGGAUCACCAUCGCCAAGCGGUCGUCUCAGGCCGACCACGGUCGCGUCGAUGUCUGCGAGUCCGUGAUGGUGGUGAUGUCCAUCUUCAUCCUGCAAACGGUAUUGCUGCGGAUCAACAAGAAUCUCUUCGUGUCCCAGAUGAUCCUGGUCGGCUCCCUGCUGAUGGUGGGCCUGAUGAUCGGGAAUGCGUACAGUGGCGGGUUGUCGAGCGUGAUGACGGUGCCGCGGUUCGAGAAGUCUAUCGAUACGGUGCAGGACCUAGCGGACAGUGAGCUGCGGUGGGGCUCCACACACGAUGCUUGGAUCUUUUCGAUCCAACUGGCCACUCAGCCAACCAUCGUGACGUUGCUGGAGACUUUUAUCACCUACCCGAAGGAUGAGCUACACCGGCAUGCCCAACAGCGCGACAUGGGCUUCACUAUUGAGCGGCUUCCCUAUGGCCACUAUGCCGUCGGGGAAUACAUCACGGCCGACGUGGUGGAAAGCUUCGAAAUCAUGGUCGACGACAUCUACUGGGAGAACUGUGUCGCAAUGGCCACCAAAACCUGGCCACUGAUGAACGAAUUCGACGAGCUGACGCUGGCCGUGUUCGAAAGUGGCAUCCAGCGUUACUGGGAAGCCAAGGUGGUGUCAAAGUUUGGUGAUAACAAGGUCCAGCACGCCAUCGUGUCGUCCCGAAAGUUCGACAAUCCGGGCCCGAUUGCACUGCAACCGUCGCACCUGCUCGGUGCGCUCUUCCUGCUCGUCAUCGGACUCGCGCUCGGGCUGGUGUCCUUUCUCGUGGAGCUCCUGUGGUACCGAGUCGAGUCGAGCCGCACGGCGGGCUCCCUGGAAUGA